AUGACUGCCUACAAGCUUUUCCUGGCCGCAGCCUUUGCGGCCACUGCCCUCGCAGCCCCGGUUGAAGAGCGCCAAUCUUGCAGCAACGGAGUUUGGGCCCAGUGUGGUGGUCAGAACUGGAGCGGGACUCCUUGCUGUACCAGCGGCAACAAGUGUGUCAAGAUCAACGACUUCUACUCCCAGUGCCAGCCUGGAGCCGCUGAGCCUUCUCCCACAAGCACCAUUGCCAGCGCCACCACUACCAAGGCCACCACCACUGGCGGCUCUGCCACUACAACUGGAGGCUCUGCUACUACUGCUCCUCCCGUCGCCAGCGGCAACCCCUUCUCUGGAGUUGAUCUGUGGGCCAACGCCUACUACCGCUCUGAGGUCAGCACCCUGGCUAUCCCCAAGCUGAGCGGUGCCAUGGCUACCGCUGCUGCCAAGGUUGCCGAUGUUCCCUCCUUCCAGUGGAUGGACACCUACGACCACAUCUCUUUCAUGGAGGACUCCCUUGCCGAUAUCCGCAAGGCCAACAAGGCUGGUGGCAACUACGCCGGUCAAUUCGUCGUCUACGAUCUUCCCGACCGUGACUGUGCUGCCGCUGCCUCCAACGGAGAGUACUCUCUUGACAAGGACGGCAAGAACAAGUACAAGGCCUACAUUGCCAAGAUCAAGGGUAUCCUCCAGGACUACUCUGACACUCGCAUCAUUCUCGUCAUUGAGCCCGAUUCUCUCGCUAACCUGGUCACCAACUUGAACGUUCCCAAGUGCGCCAACGCUGCCAGCGCUUACAAGGAGCUUACCAUCCACGCCCUCAAGGAGCUCAACCUUCCUAACGUCUCCAUGUACAUCGAUGCCGGUCACGGUGGCUGGCUCGGAUGGCCCGCCAACCUUCCUCCUGCCGCCAAGCUCUACGGUGAGAUCUACAAGGCCGCUGGCAAGCCUUCUCGCCUCCGAGGUCUCGCCACCAACGUCUCCAACUACAACGGCUGGAAGCUCGCCUCCAAGCCCGACUACACCGAGAGCAACCCCAACUACGACGAGCAGAAGUUCAUCAACGCUCUUUCUCCUCUCCUUGAGCAGGAGGGCUGGCCCAACGCCAAGUUCAUCAUCGACCAGGGCCGAUCCGGAAAGCAGCCUACUGGCCAGAAGCAGCAGGGUAACUGGUGCAACGCUCCCGGAACUGGUUUCGGUCUCCGACCUUCUCCCAACACUGGUGACCCUCUUGCCGAUGCCUUCGUCUGGGUCAAGCCCGGUGGCGAGUCUGAUGGUACUUCUGACUCUUCUGCUGCUCGCUACGACUCCCACUGCGGUAUCGAGAACGCUGUCAAGCCCGCUCCUGAGGCUGGAACCUGGUUCCAGGCUUACUUCGAGCAGCUCCUCAAGAACGCCAACCCCUCUUUCCUGUAA